GUCCUUAAACCAAAAGAGCUCGGCGGGCACUUCCGGAAGUGAGGCGCAGGGUUCCGGGAGAGCGCUGGCCCGAGAGGGACAGGUAAGAGGCAGCGGCUGCUGGAGGAUGAAGAAGGAGCAUGUGCUGCACUGUCAGUUCUCCGCUUGGUACCCGCUUUUCCGAAGCCUAACCAUCAAGAGUGUCAUUCUUCCACUUCCUCAGAAUGUAAAGGAUUAUUUACUAGAUGACGGAACUCUGGUGGUUUCAGGAAGGCAAGAUCCUCCAACACGCUCUCAGCCAGACAGUGACGAUGAAGCAGAAGAAAUACAGUGGUCUGAUGACGAGAACACAGCCACGCUCACGGCACCCGAAUUUCCAGAGUUCACCACUAAAGUCCAAGAAGCCAUCAAUUCUCUGGGGGGCAGCGUCUUCCCUAAGCUCAACUGGAGUGCCCCAAGGGAUGCGUACUGGAUAGCGAUGAAUAGCUCUCUGAAGUGUAAAACCCUCAGCGACGUCUUUCUGCUCUUCAAGAGUUCUGACUUCAUCACUCGUGACUUCACUCAGCCAUUUAUUCACUGUACUGAUGAUUCUCCAGAUCCUUGUAUAGAAUAUGAGCUUGUUCUCAGAAAAUGGUGUGAAUUAAUUCCUGGGGCUGAAUUUCGAUGUUUUGUCAAGGAGAAUAAGCUAAUUGGUAUUUCUCAGAGGGACUACACACAAUACUAUGAUCAUAUUUGCAAACAAAAGGAAGAAAUUUGCAGAUCCAUACAAGAGUUCUUCAAGAAGCACAUACAAUAUAAAUUCUUAGAUGAAGACUUUGUGUUUGAUAUAUACAGAGACAGCAGGGGGAAGGUGUGGCUGAUUGACUUCAAUCCAUUUGGUGAAGUCACAGACUCGCUGCUGUUCACGUGGGAAGAACUGAUAUCUGAGAGAAACUUAAAUGGUGAUUUUAGUGAAAGAGAUGCUCAGGAGCAGGAUUCUCCAGCUUUCCGUUGCACAAACAGCGAGGCCACGGUACAACCCAGCCCCUAUCUGAGCUACGGGCUGCCCAAGGACUUUGUGGACCUGUCCACCGGGGAAGAUGCUCACAAGCUCAUCGAUUUUCUUAAGCUGAAAAGAAAUCAGCAGGAGGAGGACUGAGCAGAGCGCUCAAGCUGAGGAGCAGGUGGCAGAGGCGACCAUGGCUACUUCCACAGUGACCCUGGCCGGCUGGGGUGGGGGCGGUGUGGCAGUGUGCAGCUUUCUGAAUUCAUGUCUGUUCACCUGGAGGGACUUUGCUACUUGUAAAAAUAGCACCAUAAACAGAUCUAAACAUAGGAACCAUGCUGUUCUGCGAAUAAAACAACUUUCUACGAAA